CUCACCGGAGUAGCAGUAGGUAACCUCGCCGGUUGGCCUCAAGCAGCAAUCCCACAACUUCUCUCAUCAAAUCAGUACAGUCCAGCGUUCACAGACUCCGAGGCCACUUGGAUCACCGGCAUCUUUUUCCCAGGGAUGCUGGUCGGUGGUUUCGUCUCGCUAUACGUAGCUGCGACACUUGGAAAACGUAAACUCUUUUUACUGGCUUGUUUACCGCUCACUACCGGAUGGUCUAUUAUCGCCGUGGCUGCCAGUUCUUGGCAACUCACGUUCGACCGGAUAGUUCUGGGGCUUACUGGUGGUAUAAUGUGUCAUCAGACGGAGAUGUAUCUCUCGGAGAUUUCGCCAGCACGACUACGAAGUAACAUGUCCGUCGAUUUCUGCGUCAGUGUACACGUUGGCGUUUUAUUGAGCUUCGCUGUUGGACCUUGUUUUAGCAUUAGUUCAGCAACUGGAGUUUAUCUAACCGUGGUGUUGUUACUGUCUGGUAUUUAUUUCAUUGCUGCGCCAGAAACGCCUUUUUGGUUGAUGAGACAGUCGAGGCCUGACGAGGUAUUGGACAGUCUGAGGAAAUUGAGAAGAAGGAAAGACGUGUAUCGCGAACUACAUGAGAUUGCAGAGUUCUUUGACCGAAGAGUUGUGAAUGAUAGAAACAACCGUUUAAUAAGUAGAUUGACGAGAGUGAUUGGCGACGUGGCUAGCAGAAGAGCUUUACUACUGAUCGUAGUACUUACGACGGCGCAGCAAUUUUCGCGAAUGGCGGCGAUGCACUCAUACCCUCAGCUGAUCUUCGAGCGCAACGUCUCGGUAAUACCGGGACUCUACGUGUCGUUGCUGUUGGGCUUGAUCGAUCUCUGCUGCACGCUAGCGAGCGGCUGCGUGGUCGAACGCGUAGGUCGUCGCCCCCUUGUGGCCUGGAGUUGCCUCUUGUGCACAGGUUGCAUGGCACUUCUGGGACUCCACUUCCACUUGGGCACCGACACACCCAGUCAGACGAUCUCUCCUCUGCCACUCUUGUCGCUCGUCUGCAUCGUCGUCUUCGCCGUCGCUUACGGCAUCGGGCUUGCCACUGUGGCCACUGUUCUUGCCGCUGAGAGCCUAUCGAUGGCUCGUAAUUUUGGCUCUGCCCUGCAGAACACCGCUGCGUGUUCGUCCAUCUUCGUUAUUACCAAACUUUGGUGAGUGAUCGCCAGCUCGUACGGCCGGCCGUGCUCGUUCUGGACGGCGGCCCUCGUCACGGGGGCUCACGCCAUCGUUCUGCUGAUAGUGCUGCCGGAGAGCCGCGAUCCGACGGCUGCUGGCCUCUGGACGAUCCAGCAGUUGCAAAGUCACGAUCGCGCCGGCUACUAG